AUGCUUCCUCUGCUUGCAUACCGCACUGCUUAUAAUGCAGAUGAUGACAAUUUCUGGCUCCCAAUCCCAACGAAAUUGGGACUCUUACGUAUUGGCAUUGAUAAGAACGAAGCCGAAGAUGAUGACAACUGGUAUGUUGGCUUUUCAUACCACUCGCCAUGGGGUAAGUUCUCAAUCGGAUACCACAGCAAUGAUGAAGAAGAUGAUGACAACUGGUAUGUUGGCUUUUCAUACCAUUCACCAUGGGGUAAGUUCUCAAUCGGAUACCACAGCAAUGACGAUGAAGAUGACGAAAACUUUAGACUUUGGGCAGACUUAGCAACAGCCAUUGGACGUUUCGGUUUUGAAUACCACAACGCUGCUGAAGAAGACGACAACUUUAUUAUCCCACAAAUAUACUUUAAUCCUUUUAAAAAGAUCGAAGAAUAUAUGAAGCUUCAUUAUCCUAAUGAAGAUAGGAAAGUAGCAGCUAAGAAACCAAUCCGUAUCAACAAGGCUUUAUUAAAGCGCUGGUUUGAGAAGUACGGAUACCGUGCUUUCCCACGCUUGUACAAGAAAGGAGUAGCUCCAAAGAAGAAUGUUCUAGGUAUUAUCGCUGCCAAUCCAAUUUACCGUCAGUAUUAUAAUUGGAACAGAUUUUUGCAAGGAGUCAAGCAAAGAGCACUUGCAAAAUAA